AUGGCGGCGCUGGGCGUGUUGUGGUUGCUCCUCGGGGCGGCGUGGACGCCGCGCGGCGCGGCUUCGGGCGAGGAGUUCUGGCCCGGCCAGUCGGCGGCCGACCUCCUGUCGGGGGCGGCGGCGCGCAGGCGGUACCUGCUGUAUGAUGUCAAUCCUCCGGAGGGCUUCAACCUGCGCCGUGAUGUCUACAUCCGCGUGGCCUCGCUGCUCAAGACGCUGCUCAAGAGUGAGGACUGGGUGCUGGUCCUGCCCCCGUGGGGCCGCCUCUACCACUGGCAGAGCCCGGACAUCCGCCAGGUUCGCAUCCCCUGGGCCGACUUCUUCGACGUGCCCAGCCUCAACAGGAACAUCCCGGUCAUCGAGUACGAGCAGUUCAUCGCAGAGUCUGGCGGGCCCUUCAUCGACCAGGUCUACGUGCUGCAGGGCUACGCCGAGGGCUGGAAGGAGGGCGCGUGGGAGGAGAAGGUUGACCCGCGGCCGUGCCUGGACCCGCUGCUGUACUCGCAGGACAAGCACGAGUACUACAGAGGCUGGUUCUGGGGCUACGAGGAAACCAGGGGGUUGAACGUCUCAUGCCUGUCAGUCCAGGGCUCCGCCUCGAUCAUGGCACCGGUGCUGCUGCGGAACACUUCUGCCCGGUCGGUGAUGCUGGACAGAGCUGAAAACCUGCUGCAUGACCACUACGGAGGGAAGGACUACUGGGACACCCGGCGUAGCAUGGUGUUUGCCAAGCACCUGCGGGCGGUGGCUGACGAGUUCAGGAGCAGACACCUCAACUCCACCGACGACGCGGACAGGACCCCCUUCCAGGAGGACUGGACCAAGAUGAAGGUCACGCUGGGCUCGUCCCUCGGGGGCCCGUACCUGGGCGUCCAUCUCAGGAGGAAGGACUUCAUCUGGGGGCACAGGGAGGACGUGCCCAGCUUGGAAGGGGCCGCAAGGAAGAUCCGCAGCCUCAUGAAGACGCACCGGCUGGACAGGGUGUUCGUGGCCACAGAUGCUGUCAGAGCUGAGUACGAGGAAUUGAAGAGACUGGUGCCCGAGGCGGUGCGGUUCGAGCCCACCUGGGAGGAGCUGGAGCUCUACAAGGACGGCGGGGCGGCCAUCAUUGACCAGUGGGUCUGCUCGCACGCCAGGUUUUUUAUCGGCACGUCGGUCUCCACGUUUUCUUUCCGGAUUCACGAAGAGAGAGAGAUCUUGGGCUUGGACCCCAGGACAACCUAUAACAGGUUCUGCGGCGACAAGGAGAAGGCGUGCGAGCAGCCCACCCACUGGAAGAUCACCUACUGAGCUACCAGCCCUGGUCAGCGCGGGACAGGCCCUGCUGGCCCCCGCCUGCAGGGCUCGGCCACGGGCGUUGGGGUGCCACAGGUGUAUUGCCAGCGGCCGCCGUGUCCCCCCCAAGAGGGUGGGCGUGGGCCGUGUGUGCGGAGGCCUCACUGGGAGGAGCUGGAGCUCUACAAGGACGGGGCAUGGCAGAGUGGACGGGAGAGUGUCCUGUGUCCGGCCCCAGCUGAGCCUGCCUGCUCCAGGCCCGGGUGAGCCCCUUGCCACCCAGCGCCCGGGAGGCUCGGGACUGGACGCUGCGGGUCCACAGGUUCACACGUGGUUUUCCGCAUCUCGCCGUCCCCGUGGGAGCCUCGCCUCUAAGCAGCUCCUGGCGGCGCCCGUACUGGGCAGGUGCUUGGGCUCAGGGUGCCCUCCUGACCCACCGUGUGGCAGUGACCUGUGGCCCUGUGGGCGCUUGGGGCUCUGCCCACCCGCCAGGGUGACCUGCCCACCGUCCCUUGGUGACAAGGGACACGUCGCUCAAAGCUGUGCUGGUAAAUAAUGACGUAUUUAUUCUGUCUCCAUUUGUAUAUCCAAACGAUAAAUUUUCUAGAAAGCCA